UGGUGAUGGGCUGUGACGAACUCCAGAAGAACCUGGAGAAAGGUUUAGCCGCUGGAGACGAGGGAUUGCUGGUCCAGGUCACCACCACAGAACAGGUCACCGAGGAAAAAGAAUCUCUGGCCUUAGCCACUCAGUCUGGGAACUCCACCAAGCCAACCAUUACUGAUUCAGAACCUGCAACGGCAGGUAAAACGGCUUCCAAACAGAGGGACAGUGAGUCACAGGAAACACUCAAGAACACAACCAGCAGCUCCCUGAAUGAGGAUGAUGAGGAGGGGUAUUUUGAAAGCAAACUGACUACACCUGAAAUCCCCUUGGAGCCAACAGACAGUGUGUUUGAAGACAAAGGAUUGUUUUUAAACCAUUACUUCCAGAGUAGUGCUACGCUUGGCGUGGAGGAAAUGAGCAGUGAGAGCGAACGGACAACUCCAAAGUUCACGCUGAGCAGAAGGGUGACUCGCAGCUUCACACCUGUCAAGAGUGGCGAAACCUCUGAAGUCACGAGCAGCAGGGUAUCUCCAAACUUGUUCAGGAGUGAAAAUAAGUCAUUCGGCCUGAGCAUUCCAAUUGAAGAGCAGGAAGAAAUUCCAAUGGCACCACCACCUUCACCUCUGGGCUCAGUCCUAGCCAAGAACUUGCGAUUGACCACCACUCCCAUCUCCUUCAUCCCCUCUUCGCCACCUGAAACUCUCCCUGAGUAAAAUUCUGACUGUUCUGCUCAUUUGUUAUAUUGACAAUAUUAAUUAAAAUGUUUAUCUUGUACAGUAAGCGGGGGCUCCCCCCCUCCUAUAAUAUGACAAAUCAUAAUUUCGUGCUGCCUUCCUAACUUUCUUUUCUCCCACCCCUUCUCUCUCCUCCCCUGCAUCAAUAAAUUGUUCCUUGG